AGCUCAGCUCACUUGCCUGGCUGCUCAGAGUCACAGCGACUUGGUGGGCUCUGGUACCUGGAUCAGCUCGGUUCCAACUCAGCCACAGGCACCUUGCUCCCGCUGGCCGCCGCGCACUCCGCAAGCUGCACCGAGAAAGAAGGAUGGAGACGCUCCCUGCCUCUUGGGUCUUGACGCUGCUUUGUCUAGGUUCCCACCUUCUACAGGCAGUUAUCAGCACAACCGUGAUCCCAUCAUGCAUCCCAGGAGAAUCCGAGGAUAACUGUACCGCCUUAGUUCAGAUGGAAGACGAUCCCCGUGUGGCUCAAGUGCAGAUUACAAAGUGUAGUUCUGACAUGGACGGCUACUGCUUGCAUGGCCAGUGCAUCUACCUGGUGGACAUGAGAGAGAAAUUCUGCAGAUGUGAAGUGGGCUACACUGGUCUGCGAUGUGAGCACUUCUUUCUAACUGUUCACCAACCCUUGAGCAAAGAAUACGUUGCGUUGACAGUGAUUCUCAUUUUCCUGUUUCUCAUCAUAACCGCUGGAUGCAUAUACUAUUUCUGCAGAUGGUACAAAAAUCGAAAAAGUAAAAAAUCGAGGGAGGAAUAUGAGAGAGUGACCUCAGGGGACCCAGUGCUGCCACAGGUCUGAACAGUGCCAUCAAGUUACGGACAAGGAUUCACAGUGUGCCUGGCUGAUGUCAAUAUUUUCUCAUGUUAAUAAUAUUUAUGUUGGGUCAUCUGUUAGGUCAAUAACUAUAUUUUUAAUACAAUUGGAAAGUGUUUUAUUUUUGACAGAAAUAUAUUUGCUAAUAUAUUAUAUGUAAAAUAUUUAAUAUCAAAAGAAAUUUGAUAUUUUUGUAAGAAUUUCCUGAGUACAAUGCUUUAUUGAAAAGCUUCAAAGUUCAUUAAGCUGAUGCAGUGCUUAGAGAGAGCAAUGUCCAAUCUGUGGCUUGGGAGGUGUCUGCAAGUGACAUUCCUGCGAGCUUAGUGAUAUGGUCAAGUCCAUUGCAUCAGUAAUUUAUUUUUUUCUUCUUCUGUCUGUGAUAAUUGACUUGACUGAAUUAUGGCUUGGCACAGUGGUUGGCGAGCCUCGUAGUAUAGUCAAAUCAAUUGCAUAAGUAAUUUAUUUUCUACUUCUUAUGUCUGUGAUAAUUGCUUUGACUUUAUUAUCAUGUAUUAAACAGUAAUAACAAUGGGACUUAGAGGAGGUAAACAUAACUUAUGUGCCUCAAACCAGCUAGUCCUGGACAAGAUGUCUCUUCAGUAUCUCUGCUAUUGGGUUCAGAUGUGUCUAGGGGAACAAAGAAAAAUUCAUUAACAAACAUUAGCUGCUCCACCUAUGUAGAGUAUAUCAUGUGAGGUUGUUGCUUUGAAUAUCAAUCAGAAAAUCCACAUCUGAAGACAAAUUUGAACCCCAUUUUAGAGUAUUUAUUUUUAUAGGGAAUUUACUGAAGGAUUGUAGCAUUAAAGCAGAAUCCAAAUCAAAGUAAUUGUAUUUUUAAAAUACAGGAGGGCGGGCGCUAACCAGAUCUUGACUGAUAUGGAAACGUACUUUUGUAUUUCAUGCUCAAGAGGAGUUUUGUUUUUGCUUUUUGUUGUUGUUUUGUUGUUGUUAUUUUGUUUGUUUAACAUGGAGUCUCACUCUAGUCCAGACUGGCCUCAAGCUCAUGGUUAACUCUCCUGCUAUAACCUCCUGGGUUACAGUCAUACAUUACGGUGCCCAGAUUCAAAAUGGUUUUUCUUUCUUUCUUUGUUUUGUUCUGUUUUUGUUUGUUUGUUUGUUUGUUUUUGUUUGUUUUGUGUUUUGUUUUUUACAAUACACAGUUCAGACAACAUCUUUUUACAGAUUUUAAAGCUUCAUUUAAAAAACAUAUAUCCAAAUGCAGGAAGCAAAGAAAAUACAGGAAAAAAUAAAUCACAAUCUAUUUUUCCAAAGGGGAAACACAUUUGAAAGCUUUUAAAAUGUAGACUUCAUUAUCCAUACCCAUGGAAACUAAAGAGAAGCCUGCCCCAUUUCUUCGUCCUUUGUUUGCCUUUGUGGAAAGACAGAAGGCUGGCCUCCACUCUCAGCUUGCAGGUCUUCGUGAGUCACUGAGAGGAUUCCAGGCAGCUAUCUCGAGAGCCACUGCUAGAACACCUUUUCCUGGAGGCUGCCCCACCAAAUGCUCAACCUUAGGUGGAAUCUCCCUGGAACACAUACCAGGUCAGGGAGGGCCGAUCCUUCCUCCACCUUUUUCCUGGCAUAUGUUUAAGGUAACAAAAAGAUCAGGAGUUGCCUCUGGCCUCUAAAGUGCCAAGGGACCAAUCAUUGAUGUUCCAUGGAGCCAGUCAUGGAAAUCCCUGGAAGGUUCACACAGCUCUCAUCCAAAGCCCUGGCCUUGCUAUGAGGGAAAGAUUGAAUAAGCAGCGCACAAGGCAUUCUGGUGCACUAACUUGUGCACACACCAGCUCCAGCCUUUGCAGAAUGACAGCUCUUUGUUUCUGAAGUAACCAGCACACCACACUCAUGUUUAAAAGGACAAAGGGGAAUGAAGGUCAGUGAGAUCUAAAAAGUGUAUUUCUUUGCCAUUUGAUUUGGCUGAAGGACAGUCAGCAUCCUGUGUGAGAACACAUUUUGAAAGCCCAAUGACAUCAACUGGGUAAAGGAAACACUAACCUGUUUCCAGUCUCCAGACAAAGGUUUAAAGCUUUUCAAGAACUGGGCUAAAACUCAUCCAGUUUAUCUACAGAAGCUGAAAACAGGCGUUUUAGAUAUUGGUAUAUUGGUAUAUGAUAUGGUAUGAUGCUUAUGGUCUGCUAUGAGCAUUCCUGGGCAUACCACAUAACUAGAUGCAAGAACCUUGGGGUAGCAUUCUGUAUUUUUAAAUAUGUUUUAAAAGAACUCAGGAACAAUUUACGUCUCUGUAUCUUUUUUUUACUAUUGUUGUUUUGACCUCAAAGCUGGGAAUAAAAGUCAGAGCCUUACACAUGUCCAGCAAAAACUAUGGUUGGGAUACACCUAUUAUCCCCUAAAAACAUACAAAUAAUGCAAAAGGAUGAUGGAGCUUCCUGGUGUCGGGUGAACAUGUUUUAAAAACUCAUUGUUCUAGUGAAGAUUAUGUUAAGCAAGCCUAAAAAAAGAUGACAACCAGUUCAUACACAGAUUUCCCAUUAUAUUGUGUAUACACACACACAGGGACAUCAACAAGGGUAGUACACACACUAUACUGAGAACCAAAGCAACCCCAGGUGCAUAAUUGUAUAACUUACAGUCUCCCAUCAAGACUACCUCAUAGUCCAGUAGAUCCACUCCGUGACCAAGGACAUCAUGCUCUGUAUUUGACAGUAAAGUUUUACCUUAAAAAUGAGACCCCCAACUACCUAAAGCACCCAUCUUUGUAACUAGACCAUAACUAUACUGCUUUCAUCUGGUUCACCCCCUCUAUGUCAAGAGUCAAACUGUGUGAGAAAAGCCAAAGAUUUUUUUUUGAGUCCUUUUGAAGACAGCUAGCUAAAUUUGCCUGCCAAAAGAUGUCAAUUAUUGAAUUGAUACCUGUUUCUAGCAAAUAUAUGACAUGGCCUAGUGUCUUAAUUUUUGUCCCACUCCGUCAGUAAUUUGAAAAGUUGCCUUUAAAUCUUUUUAUUGAACCAAAUUUGUCACGUUUGGUUCAAUUUUUUAUUUUGUAGAUUUCUUUUAAAGUUUGAUUGAUUUCCCCGUUUUUUAAAUCUUUUCUAAUGUUCUGGGAAAGGGGGAGCAUAAACAGCACUUUCAGGCUACAUUUUAAAGUUCUAACGGAAAACUACAUUUGUCUAAGAUAUCUCUGCUAUUGACACAUGAUGCCUUUGAAUGUCAUAGAGCAUAUUUUCUCUUUUUGCCUGUUUGCACUCUGCCAUUGCACUUUGUAAAUCUGUAGAAUCGCUCGUAUAAAAUUUCUAUUAAAGAUUCUAGUGAAACAUAAAGUUGUAUUGUGUUCACCUUAAAACUUAUUGGAUUAUGAAUGUUAUCAGAGUACUGAAUUGUAUCAAUUUGUUUGCAGUUAAUAUCAGCUUUGAUAGUCAUGUACCUUGACAUAGUGAAGGACACUAUAAUGUAUGAGUUGUUGUCAGUUUUUAUUUAUUUUUUGUUAGGAAUUGGCCAAGAUCGCUAUGGAAAAAAUAAAAGAACAAACACAUA